UUGAUCAGUAUUUGAGAUUAAAAUAUGGAGCAAAUUUCAAGCGAGUCAAUGCAAGUAAAUGAAACAUGUAAUGUGCGGAAUAGCUACAAUUUGAAAAGAAAUGAAACCAAACUGAUUCGGGAUGCGAUUCCAUCUCACCACCAUCGUCGUCAUCGUUUUGCAGCAAAUAAAUCGAAUUUUCACCCAGGGAAUUCCCAUCAGUCCGUGUCCAAAAUUAUUUCAAUAUCGGUUCGACGGUAUUGAGUGGUUCGGCAUGCUUUCCGUGCGUAAUCCGGACUUUCAUGCAGCUUUACAUAUUAAAGUUACACUUACCAUACGUGGCAAGCCAACGACAAGUUACUUCGGAGAAAUUGAAUUGCUGUCGCGGGGCCAAUACUACACGGAUGCACCAGUGCUGUACAAAGUCAAGUUCCCGAAGACACAUUUUCCACCGAAACUACAACAAGUUACCGUGAACAAUAAUGUCAUUUGUGCGGGUCAUUCAGACUACAGUCCUUUCAUUACACAGAUUCAACUCGAACACAUCAGAAAGUUUACAUUCAUCACCAAUGAAGAGCCGUCUGACAAGCCGCCGGAACUCACACAGUACUCCGCUUCGUUUAUGGGGGAUGAAGAGGAAGAUGAUGACAUUGAUUUCAUGCAAAGUGACACAAAAUUCAGCGGGGAACAUAUUCCAGUCGCUCAAGCAGACAUAACUUCGAAAUAUUCUGAGCUGCUUAAUAUUUGUGGGAAAACAGCUGUAAACAUUCACCCCCGGACAUCGUUCAUACUCCCCUCUCCUACAACACGAAAUAUUGGCAAUACAAAAUUACAUGCCGAUGUGCAUGGAACUUACAUCCCCAUAGGCGGAGAUCGAAUCGUUGCGACUACAGAUGAAAACAAUAAACAAAAUGCUACCGAUGAUGAACCCACCACUCCAUUGGUAGUAGCUUCUGAAACACUUCCUAUCCUGUUGCCAAACACACCUGCCCGCAUCAAAAAUUUAACAAGCAGUACAACCGAAACCGUGUUAUCACGCGGUGACUGGCCAUGGUUAGCAGCAAUCUAUGUAAACAACUUGACAUCACUGGUAUAUCAAUGCGCGGGAACUUUGGUGUCAUGGCGCAUUAUCGUUAGUUCGGCACAUUGCUUUCAUUUGCGAAAGCAUCAAUAUAAAGCCAACGAAAUACUAGUAUUUUUAGGUCGGCAUAAUUUGCGAAGUUGGAACGAAGAACAUUCAAUAGCCGCACCAGUCAGUGACAUUUUUGUACAUCCAGACUUCGACGUCUCUCUGGGUACUUACGAUGCAGACAUUGCGGUGGUGGUGUUAAAACAUAAAGUGAGAUUUAAUAUGUACAUACGUCCAGCUUGUUUGUGGAGCGGAGAGAGUCAGAUCAAAGAUAUUAUUGGUGAACGCGGCUAUAUUGUUGGUUGGGGUGUAUUAAACAGCAAUAGUAAUAACCAUUCAAAAGAUGAACUACCGACAAUAACCGCACUUCCCCGAAUCAUCGAGGUGCCCAUUGUUUCCGAAGAAGUGUGCUUUGCAUCUAAUCCGGGUCUCUUCACUCUUACCAGUAAUCGCACUUUCUGUGCAGGGUUAUUGUCGACAACACGUAGCACAAUACUAAGAGCUGUUGAAAAACCUAAACUUCUUGGACCUUGCACAGGCGACUCUGGCGCUGGGCUGCUGCUGCGAAGGAGCAGUCGUUGGAUGCUUCGUGGGAUAGUUUCCGCUACCUUGCCGUCUAAACACAAUAAAUGCAUCAUUGAUCAAUAUGUGGUAUAUGCAGAUGUAGCAAAGUUUUUGGACUGGGUUUUAGCGUUCACUAUUUAGUGACAAAAAGAAGAGAUGUUUUCUCAUUUACAUACCCUACCUGCCGAAUCAUGAGCCUUGCUGGAACUCAGUUAGUGCAUAUAAAAGACAUUGUUGUGUUUAUAAAAUUCAUUAUUGAAAUAUGAAAUAACAAAUUCAGAAGCUACUGUUUAUAUGCAUUUCAUUCAAUUGUAUUGAGUCCUCAACAUAAAGACCCAAGCGCACAUUUUGCGAAGAUGAAAGUUCUUUCAUGAAUCAUAAA